AUGUCAUCGCCAACUCUCACCAGAUCCGUUGUUGUCAUUUUGGCAGUCGUUUUAUUGGUCACUGCAACUCCAGAAGACCCUACAAUGACAUUUGAAGCCCUUUACAAGUAAAUUCAGCCAUUUAUUUCCACUCUUCCGUUUAGAUAUGGCAAAAACGAAUACACGGCCGGGAAUUGGUACGAUUGCGUUGGAUUUAUGCGUCGCGCAAUCGAGGACUUCAAUUACUACAGAGACGACACGCUUUGGUGUCGGCAGAAGUGCGCAAUGGUCGUGGAGCCGACCGACGAAAAGCUGGAUUUGGCGCGCAUGUUCAACACCGCUCAAAUGGCAUUGUGUUUGUUGCGUUGCAGAGAGGAUAAAUUUACAGAGAGAAGACCGCCGUUGCAGAAUUAUCAAAUCUAUGAGGAGUUUUUGGAGAGAAAGCCUUAUCAUUACAUGCAACUGUGCUAUUACAGGGUAAGAGAUCACAAAUUGUAGGAGUGUUUUUAAUACUAGUCCGUUCGUAAUGUGUAUGGAGUGAUUUUUGGUGUUUGCACUGUGCAGAAAUGUUGGAAUGCGGCAGCCCGAAAAAGCCUAUUGCACUGUGCAAAAAAAAUUUUGUUUUCGCACAGUGCAUGUCUCAAAAAUCACUUCAGAGACUUUGCGAAUGGUCUAGUAUUAGGAAUAGAUCUUGAUGAAACUUAUGGCAAGCGACAAACGGUCAGAGAAAAAUUUUUUUACGCCAUAUAUUUGCCAGUUUCAUGCGGAAAUUUUUUUUUGGAGCGAUUGCCAUCUUCUGUAGAAGUAGAGAAGAAACUUUUCAUGAUAAAAUUCGCAAAAGAAGUGUUUCAUUUUUUCCAACAUGUGGCUUAAAAAUUUCGGUAGUUUCUGGAAAGCACGAGCUAGGAGUCUCGCAUAAGUCUGAGAAGAAGUUAUUCUAAAUUUGUGUCAAAUUUCAUCAAAAUCUAAGCAUCGCACUUGUGUCUUCCCCAUCUAUUUCUCUUUUAGCUGAAUGAGCUCGAAAACGCGGUCAAAGCCGCGUACACUUACUUGGUUGCACAUCCGGAAGACGAGGAUGCUCUGGAGAAUGUCAAGUUCUACAUGGACCAGCCCGGCUUCAACGAUGACAUGUUGGUGGACCCACUGCAACGACCUUAUGAGGUAAAAUCAAACUUUCAGAAGAUUAAAAUCAAUCUCUUUCCUCUAGAAAUUCUACAUUCUUGGCGUUGAAGCCUACACGAAUGGGCAGUGGUCGCAAUGCGUCGACAAUUUCAAGCAGGGCUAUCAGAACUUCCUCAAAGACGUCCGCGAUUGCCGUUCGUUGUGCGAGGAUCAGCUGGAUUGGAGCUCGUUGAGCGGCGACAAUCCGGAGAUGUCGGUGGUGAUCACCAGUAUUCACACGUCCGUCGUCCGUUGUCAGCAUCGGUGUCCGGAGCGGCUGAGCAUUGUGAAUGGGCAGCGGUUCAAAAAUUUCUUGGCGCUGUUUUUCGAACAUCUCCAUGUCUGCGAGUUCAAUUGUGAGUAGAGGCGCACAGUAAACGUCGUAUUUUUCAUUUUAGUGAAUCAAGGAAUCGCAUCUGCCCAAUCAGCCCAAACCGCACUGUUGUUGGACCCGACUAAUGUGCUGAUGCGAAGAAACAAGAUGUUUUACAUGGACAAGUAUGGGAAAGCGGAGAUUUUUGAGCCGUUGCCGGUAAGGAAUGUAUAAAAUAGCGGUGGGAAUUUAUUUGUUACCUUUUGGGGCACUUGCAGUGGACCUGAUCCAGUGGCAAAAAACGUGCCAUUUUGCAUCCGGGAACCCUCAAAAAUGCAGCAAAAUACCUCCCUCACCCAGUGAAAAAAAUCUGAUUUCAAAAGCGCGGCCGCUUUUUUGUGAGUGAGCCCUUCAAAACGAAAUUUUUAACUUGGAGAGGGAGGCAUUAUGCCACAUUUUUGAUGCUUCCCGCGUGCAAAAUGGUACGUUUUUUGCCACUGGAUCAGGCCCGUCACUGUAUAGAGAAAAAAAAACGGGGCCAAUACAACAAUUUGCAAUUUCAAGUGUGAUGUCAAGAUGAAUUCGUCUCGCGAAAAGCGUUGUAAUGAAACAUGAAAGGCAACUUUCAAAAAUAUAAAAAAAAUUUGGAAAAAUUUCUAUUUCAAGUCAAAAUUUCUUCGACUUCAAAGAGCGUUCUUUGAAGGUCUAAACUUCAAAGAACGCUCUUUUUGGCUAAGCCGAAUUAGGGCCCAGUCCCAUCUAAAAUGGGGGACUUGAUCCGGUUGCAAAAAACGGACCAUUUUGCAUCCGGGAAGUAUCAAAAAUGUGGCAAAAUACCUCCCUCUCCAAGUAUUUUUGGUAUUCUUGAUUCCAUUCAAACUCUUCUAACGUGUUGUUUUUUUAGGAGAUUGCUCAAUACCACAUCCGUCACCAACUCGAAGAGAGAUUCCUCGACUUUGUGGACAGUCGAUUCAAAUACGAGAAUGGAAUGGUAAUGAUUUCCGCAACCUCGUUAUACAACUUCACGAUGUGUAUCCUAAAGUCUGAAUCCUUUUUGCAGCUGACUCCGGAGAAUGUGAUGGAUCGAAAAGCGUUCGAUGCCAAUGUAGACAUUGAAGAUCAUUUCGAUUACAGCCGACUGGAAACGCCAUUGCUGAAUGACAGCGAGUGCAACGCGCUGGAGAAGGCGGCUCAUAUCCCGGCGGUAGGUGAUGACUUUAGUUGCAUUCUUCGGAUUGGUUGGAUCCGAAGAAUGCACCAACAGUGGUGGAUUUGAUUCAGUGCCAAAAAACGUACUAUUUUGCAUCCGGGAAGUAUCAAAAAAUGUGGCGAAAUACCUCCCACUCCAAUAAAAAAAAAACUCUAUUUUGAAGAGCGCGCCCUUUCAUUCACAAAAAAUAGCGGGCAUGCUUUUGAAGUCGGAAUCUUUUCACUUGAAGAGGGGGGUAUUUUGCUGCAUUUUUGAUACUUCCCGGAUACAAAAUAUUACGUUUUUGGCCGCUGGAUCAGGUCCACCGCUGUGGGUGAAAAGGACACAUAACUUUUUUUGAAAAUAGCACAUCGGCGAAGAGGGCACCUUGCUGAAAAAAUGAUAUGGUAAAAAGGAACAGAGGAGUUUUUUCUUUUGAUUUUUUUGGUUUGCCAAAAAAUGAUAUGGUGAGGGAGGACCAAAGCGGAUUGUGAACAUGGGUAAAAACAAUCCGUCCCCUUGGCAAUUAUUCUUUUUCGGUAGACUAAAAAAAAGUUCCGCAAAAAAAUUCCUUUGGUCCCCCCUUACCAUGUCAUUUUUUUGACAAACCAAAAAAAAAAUAAAAAAAAGUCCGCUUGUUCCCUCGUUGCCAUAUCAUUUUUUUGGGAAAGUCAAAAAAAUAAUUCUAUAAAAUCCGUCUUGAUUCCUCUUUGCCACGUCAUUUUUUUUGGCAAAUCAAAAGGAUUAUUCUUAAAAAAAUCUGCCUUGGUCCCCCCUAGCUAGGGGCCCUAGCCAUAUAAAUUUUUUGGCAAGUCAAAAUAACCGGCUUUAGCUUCUUGAAACUUCAUUUCCAGGUGGUUUCAUAUGCUCCAGCCUUGGCCAGCGAGCUGCUUGACCGGAUCUCCGAUACGUACGGGCAAGUGCCGACGCUGAAGAUGAUGGGAUGCACCAAGGAGCCGAUUGAGAGCGGCUGUACCAGACGCGCCUUUGUUGUUGGAUUGGAGAAGGAGCGUUGCGGUGCGUUGUUGUCUGAUACGUUUGAUGGCUGUGCUAUUGUUUUUUGUUUGGACGAUUAA